AUGGAAAAAGAAACUAGUUACAAUGUUAAUUUCGCACAAGCAUUAGUGGCUGGUGGAAUAGCGGGAACAUCUGUGGAUGUGAUUUUAUAUCCAUUAGAUACAAUAAAAACCAGAUUGCAAUCGAAGUCGGGAUUUUAUUCAUCGGGUGGAUUUCGUGGAAUUUAUUCGGGAUUAACGAGCGUCAUUAUUGGAAGUGCCCCUGGAG